AUGGAGGAACUCGAAAAAGCAGGCGAUCAUGAAACGAUCGAACAUGUCAAGUCGGACAAUCUCGCCGAGAUCGAUCGCUCCGCCGAGAAACGUCUCCUCUGGAAACUCGAUAUUCACGUCGUUCCAAUCCUCAUGUUCCUCUUCCUCCUCGCAUUCCUCGACCGAAUCAAUAUCGGCAAUGCUCGUCUGCAGGGCCUUGAGAAGGACUUGAACAUGAAAAACCACGACUAUAACCUUGCGUUGUUCAUUUUCUUCAUCCCGUAUAUUCUACUUGAAGUUCCGAGUAACCUGUUGUUGAAGAGGAUUGCUCCUUCGUGGUGGAUUAGUGGGAUUAUGUUCGGAUGGGGCAUUAUUACCGUCUGCCAGGGACUCACUCAAAGCUUUAAAGGACUAGUUGCGUGUCGGUUCUUACUAGGCGUUUUUGAAGCUGGAUUCAUGCCCGGAUGCAUCUAUAUCAUUGCAAUGUACUACAAGCGCCACGAGCUACAGUGGCGCCUGAACGUGUUCUUCAGUGCCAGCAUCCUGGCUGGUGCAGUUAGCGGACUCCUGGCAUACGCUAUUGCAAAGAUGGAUGGAGUCGCAGGAUACAGCGGCUGGCGGUGGAUCUUUAUCAUUGAAGGUCUUGUCACCGUUGUUGCUGCCGUCGUUUCCAAAUUCCUCAUCGUUGACUGGCCCGAGAAAUCCCGUUUCUUGAACGACCAGGAGCGAGCGCUGCUGCUGUCUCGGCUUGAGAGUGAUCGAGGAGAAGCUCGGAUGGACCGACUAGAUCGUGCAGCCAGGGGGCGAGUUAUCCGCGAUAUCAAGAUCUAUCUUGGUCCACUGAUGUAUUUCGGCAUUGUCAAUACCGGAUACGCCACCUCUUUCUUUACUCCGACUAUCCUGAAGCAACUCGGCUGGACUUCGGUGCGUGCUCAGGUCAUGAGUAUUCCCAUCUAUCUCGUUGCAACCGUCAUUGCGUUAGUCACUGCCUUCGUCAGUGAUCGCCUACGCCACCGUUUUGCUUUCACACUAUGUGGAUGUGCCAUUGCAACUGUUGGCUAUGUGAUCCUCAUCUGCCAAAAGUCCGUCCCCGUGGGAGCGCGGUACUUUGCCCUCUAUGCGAUCACUGGCGGCGGCUACAUGACCCAACCGAUCUUGAUGGGCUGGCUCAGUAACAAUAUGGCUGGUCACUAUAAGCAAUCCAUUGCCUCGGCGAUGCAGAUCGGCUUUGGGAAUUGUGGUGGCUUGGUGGCUAGCAAUAUCUUCUUUGACUCCGAAGCGCCGACGUAUCACACUGGGUUUGGCGUGAGUCUGGGGAUGGUUUGGAUUUGUGGAUUUGCGUGUAUGUUCUUCUUUGCCUGGCUGGUGCGAGAGAAUCGUCUGAGAGAAGCUGGGAAGAGGAAUCAUCGGUAUGAAUGGUCUCAGGAGGAGUUGAGCAAUCUUGGUGAUGAUCAUCCGAGCUUUAGAUUCACGUAUUAG